GCUCUUCCCUCACCUGCCCUGCAGGUUUCCUGCACCAUGUCGGUGCGGACUUUGCCGCUGCUCUUUUUGAACUUAGGUGGGGAGAUGCUUUACGUCCUGGACCAACGACUGAGGGCCCAGAACAUCCCCGGAGACAAGGCCCGCAAAGAUGAAUGGACAGAGGUGGACAGAAAACGAGUUCUGAAUGACAUCAUCUCAACCAUGUUCAACAGAAAGUUUAUGGAGGAGCUGUUCAAACCCCAGGAACUGUACUCUAAGAAGGCCCUGAGGACUGUGUAUGACCGCCUGGCUCAUGCCUCCAUUAUGCGACUGAACCAGGCCAGCAUGGAUAAGCUCUAUGACCUGAUGACCAUGGCUUUCAAAUACCAAGUGCUGCUAUGUCCACGCCCCAAGGAUGUGCUGCUGGUCACUUUCAACCACCUAGACUCCAUCAAGGGAUUCAUCCAGGACUCCCCAACUAUCCUGCAUCAAGUGGACGAGACCUUCCGGCAGCUGACAGAAAUAUAUGGGAAUCUCUCUGCUGGGGAGUUCCAGAUGAUCCGGCAGACACUGCUCAUCUUCUUCCAAGACCUGCAUAUCCGAGUAUCCACAUUUCUAAAGGACAAAGUUCAAAAUUCUAAUGGUCGCUUUGUGUUGCCAGUGUCUGGGCCUGUUCCCUGGGGAACUGAGGUUCCUGGAGUCAUCAGAGUGUUCAAUGACAAAGGGGAAGAAGUAAAGAAGAUAGAAUUCAAGCAUGGUGGAAACUACGUGGCUGCACACAAGGAAGGUUCUUUUGAGCUUUAUGGAGACAGAGUCUUGAAACUGGGAACUAACAUGUACAGCGUGAAUCGACCCCUGGACACCCAUAUGUCUGCAAUGUCAAAGAACUUGGCCUCAAAGACACAGGAAAACAUUGCUCCAAACCCUCUUGCCAAAGAAGAGCUGAAUUUCUUGGCCAGGCUAAUGGGAGGGAUGGAGAUCAAGAAAAUGAGUGGCCCUGAACCAGGAUUCCGGUUGAAUCUAUUUACGACAGAUGAAGAGGAGGAACAUGCAGCACUGUCCAGGCCAGAGGAGUUGUCCUAUGAAGUCAUCAAUAUACAGGCUACACAGGACCAGCAACGGAGUGAGGAGUUGGCCCGGAUCAUGGGGGAAUUUGAGAUCACAGAGCAGCCGGAGAUCACAGAGCAGAGCACAAGCAAGGGAGAUGACUUGCUGGCCAUGAUGGACAGGUUAUAGAAGUACUGAUAGGCACCCACUACCCCCUCCCUCAAGAGGCUGCCUAAUGACCACUGUGGGGGACAGAUGGCCUGGGAUCCAGUGUGUUCCUGCAGGUUUCUUCAACUGAGAUCUGCAUCUCUUGUCCGUUUUUUAUGUCAGAACAAACUGAAAAUCUCUCAGAGAGCACCCUCUUCUGACGUCACACAUACAUGUGUAUUUUCAGCAAAAUAUAUUCUGGCUCUUAACCCAGACCUUCCCCCCA